UCCGCCAUGAUGGACGUCAAAGCAACCAAUGCGCUCCUUUAAGUCCUGUCAACAAACAGACAUCUGGUGGCAAAAUAUUGCUUUGAUUUAGUUGAUUUCACUUUAAAGAUGGUGACAGGGUAUUUUUGUCGGCUGCACAAACAGACAAGGACGCAAACCAAAACUUGUUUUUAUUUUAUAACUUUUAAUGAGCAAAGAUACGGCGGCGGAUAGCAGCCGUCAAACAGAAUGACUGUCAGCCCUGGACGUAACCGCGGAUUUACAGCAAACACUUUUUACUAGAAAUGGGUGUAAAAGGUCUGCAGAGCUUCGUGGAGCGAUGCUGUCCAGAGGCGUGUGUGACAGUGAACCUGAGAGAGAUGGCCAGACAGCAUGUCACCAAAAACCAGCAGAGCGGCUCCUCUAACAUCACCAGUCCCACACUGGUUGUUGACGGCAUGUCCUGCCUCUGCCACUGGUACUCAUGUAUGAACUGGGUGUGUGGAGGCCAGUGGAUGGAGUACAUGGAGGUUCUGAAGCAAUGGGUGGAGACUUUUACCUCUGCAGGCAUCAAAUUGGUUUUUUUCUUCGAUGGAGUGGUGGAAGAGCAGAAGAGACCAGAGUGGGUGAAAAGGCGACUCAGGGUGAACAAGGAUAUUAUAAAAAUAUUCAACCACAUUAAGCAACACGGAGAACAGCCGGGUCAACAGCUCUCCUGUCUGCCAUCCGCUCUGGCAACAUUCACUCCUUUUGCUCUCAGGUCACUGGGUCAGGACGUGUUCUGCUCAGUGAGAGAGGCGGACUAUGAAAUUGCCAGCUAUGCUCACUGCCAUGGCAGCAUGGGGAUUCUGGGACAAGACACAGACUUCAUCAUAUAUGACAGUGCCCCCUACUUGUCCGUGGCAAAGCUGCGAAUAAAUGGCCUAACGACGGUCAUGUAUGACCGGCAGAGGCUCUGCAGAAACAUUGGGCUGAGCGUGACCCAGCUGCCUCUGCUGGCCUGUCUGCUGGGUAAUGAUGUGGUUUCAGAGGAGCUCAUGCAGCACAUCAGGAGCAGUGCUGUGGCAGCAUACAGGAGAACAAAUCCAGCGCCGUAUUGUGGUCCUCCUCAGGGUGAGGUAGUCCUGGCUGUAGCCCAGUUUGUGAGCUCUUUGUCUGCUUCUCCAGAGGAAACUGGACUUGUCCCACAUUCCCUGAAUGUAGCAUCUUCCCAAAGGGAGCUGCUAAAGAAGGGAAUCUGCUCCUACUUACUUCCUGGACACAAAGAUUAUGAACUGGUUGACAUUUCUGUUCCACCCUCUGCCUUUGAGAAAUACGUUAGUCCUGAGAUUUUAAAGGCAUGUAGAGAGAAACAUGUAGCGGCGGAGGGUUUCAUGGUUUACAGUGUUGUGUGCGCUGGAGUCACCGAAUGCAGUAACUCUCUGGAGGACGAAGAGGACGAGGAUUUGCUGCCUCAGGCCUUCGUCUACAAGCCGUGCAGACAGCGCGUCUAUGGUUUGCUGCUGUUGCUCGGAAAAGAUGGCAGCUCUGUGGAUGCUCCAGCCAUCAGGGAAUGGUUCGUCUUCCCUGGAAACCCUCUGAAAGAAGCUGACACGGUCCAUCCCGUCCCCAUUAACAUCCCAUGUGGUCAACCCAGUCUGGACCUGUUAUGGUUUAGCUCUGGUCCUGAGGUUUCUGCUCUUCGCCUUGCAGCCUUCCUUACUGUCUUUGACUGCCUUCACUAUUCUGACUUGCAUGGAGAGAUUGGAGACUCUCUCCUGGCGGCUCUUUGUCUCGUCACAUACAUCGUCCUUCAGGUAGAGGCUUUGUCUGAGGAGGACGUGGAUGCGUACCUGAGUCAGGCCGUGUGUCUGAGGCUGAAGUCGCCCCUGGAGCUUCGGCAGAUCCAGCUGCCUGUCCUUUCGAGUCGAGCCGUGCAGCUGGGAUCGCUCUACGUCCGAGGACUGAGCCACCUGCUGGGAGCCAACAAUGCCAGCGGCUGUGCGCUGCCCAGCGCCGCUCUGAUGCCUUGGCAGGGCUUUGACGGUCGGCUGUUCCACUCCAAGUACCUGCUGGCACACGGCGGCGCGGAGAAGUCUGAGUUGCUGGACGGAGAUAUGUUCUGCCUUUCUCAGUUUGUUCAGCUGAAGGAGAAACUUCUGGAAACCUGCAGGCAGAGAGGGAGAGUCCUGCAGUCGAGACCCAGAGAAACACAGAAAAACCUUCGACGCUCAAAAGCUUCAGGUUUCCCUUCAGCAGCUGAUCAGGGCUGGACAGGAGAGACCAGAAGAGACCUUCAACAUGGACAAACAUGGAGGCAAAGAGAGGCGGCGUGUGGAGAACAAAGCGGCUAUGAAAACCCAGAAACGCCGCAGUGGAGAGCAGAUCACAGAGGGGGAGGUCAAAGUUUCCAUUCACAUCUCUCCAACUCCUACGAAGGUCGACCCCUGAACCGGAACCGGCCUCCGAAACAGAACCGAGGUCGGCUGCAUCACAACAGAGGGAGAUACCAGCUGGCUCCCAGAUGGCAACACCCUCCUGCUCCUUGAAUAUUACUGAAGCUUGAAGAGAGAGGAACUAAGGAUCAAAGAGAAGGACUUGAUAAAAAAAGACGUGAUGAAAAGGAGGAGUGGAUCAAAUUCCUCUGAACAAACUGAUUAGAGGAUGAUCCGUUGGGAAUGUUUGUCUAAAGGAUGGAGCAGGAAGAGAAACGGAGCCUAAACAGGAAACACAAUGGUGAUGGUGCCAUGGUAUGUUUAAAAGAAAUCUACUUUAUACCAGCAAAACCUUUUACAUUUAAGGACAAAAACAUUUAAACAAGACAAAGAACUAAUAAAAAUAAAGCUUUAGCACGCAGGUCUAUGGUUUUACUCACAGUUUGGCUCUGUCUCUUAUCUUUUACAAAAGGAAAAUCUGUGUAUUCAGGGAAAUAAUCCUUCCUACAGUAAUGGGGUUUAGAGGAAACAUAAUGCUGGUGUCAGAUAUCAAAUCCACCACAGCUGAUAUUUGGCCAAAUAAAAGUGUCUUUAAUGCCAACAGAAACAAAUUACUUGUACAUACUCUGAAAAUAAAUGACAACAUGCCAAAUUUUA